UGCUUAUUUAUGCAUUUGUUUAUUACAGUUUCUUAAGCAGCUAGGUGUUGGUGCCAGCUGGCAAUUUGGUGAUGUCUAUGGUAUGGACCCUGACCUCCUCAGCAUAGUCCCCCACCCAGUGUGUGCUGUUUUACUUCUCUUUCCAGUAACAGAAAAGUAUGAAUCAUUCAGGACUGAGGAAGAAAAAAAAAUUAAAAGUCAAGGUCAAGAUGUGAAUAAUUCGGUUUACUUCAUGAAACAAACAAUAAGCAAUGCAUGUGGAACAAUUGGCCUUCUUCACGCAGUGGGAAACAACCGGGAAAAGCUGUGUUUUGAAAGCGACUCUGCCUUGAAAAAGUUUCUUGAAGCUUCCCUUUCUCUUAGUCCAGAAGAAAGAGCCAGAUUCUUAGAAAGGGACGAGAGUAUUCGAGUUACCCAUGAGACCAGUGCUCAGGAAGGACAGUCCGAGGCACCAAGCAUAGACGAUAAAGUAGAUUUACAUUUUGUUGCUUUUGUACAUGUAGAAGGUCAUCUAUAUGAAUUGGAUGGCUGCAAGCCUUUCCCUAUAAACCACGGACAAACUAGUGAUGACACAUUAUUAGAAGAUGCUAUAGAGGUUUGCAAAAAGUUUAUGCAACGUGAUCCAGACGAGCUGAGAUUUACUGUGGUUGCAUUCUCCAAAGCAUGAUAAAAAUCGCUAUAUCCAAAACUGCCAAGUGGUGAACUAUAUUACAUUUUAUAUCCUUCACCUUGACAAAUCUGAGAGUACUUUACAAUAAUAAAAUAUUUACGAAGUCUCCAA